AUGCGCGGACCGAUUGGCUGGACGCUGACGACGUGCGUGUUGCUCGCGGCGACUUUUUCAAAAAUCGCGUUCUCCUCGAGCAUCGGGAACGUUGGCGUCGCCGCGCUGGAUCACGGACGAAUCACGAAACUGUUGCCGAUCUCCAAGGACACGGCCGUGGAUCCCGAUGUUCGUGUCCUCAGGGAGUUUCUCGACGAUCUGUUCGACGGCGGGAACGAGAUACAAGAAUCGACUGGCAGGCAAGCUCGAACGUUUGGAGUCAAGCGUUUGCAAUUCAUGUUGAUGCCGAUGGUGUACAAAAUGGUUGUUAUGAUGACGAUGCUGACGGUGUUGACCGUGAUUUCGCUCAAGGGACUGCUCAUCGGUGUCACCCUAUUGGUGCUCAAGCUGAGCACGAUAAUAGCAAAAUUCUCGUCUGGGUGGCAACAAAACACACCGACUUGGCCGUCUCACAAUCAGCCGAUUCACGUGCAUGUGCACAACAGCCCGCCGGUCGCUCAUAAUCACGCGUACAGCGGCUGGAUGCCGCACAGCGCUCCAGAAGAAGAUGAACAUUAUUAUUACAGAGGGUAA